CAAAGGCAUUCACCAUUGCUGAUUUCACACUCUCCCACCUCCCUCUCCACCAGAAUUGAGGAAAUCCCAUGGAUUCAUCCAUUGGAGGAUCCAGCUUCUCGAUUCAAUGGCUUCCUCCCCUUCUUCUCCUUCUUCUUCUUACCUUCGUCUCUUCCAUCAAUGCCUCCAUUCACCUCUACGACCACCAAGGCUUCCGGGAAGUCGGGAACUCCUACCUCCUCUCCGGCGGCAGCGAGGGCAUUGUCGCUUCCUUCACUCCCGGAACUGCCAUCUCUCACGCCCAUUCCUUUAUCCGCUUCGAGAAUAUCACCUUCUGGAGGAGCAAGGCAGCUGCUGACCAGCACUCAGACAUGGGGCAUAGUACCGGGUUGAUACAAGUUGUAAUCUUUGAGGCAGCUGAUCGUGAUAAUAUUGGUGGUUCUGCUUAUGGUGGACAGAGGUCUAUAUGCUGCACCCCUGAUCUUGCUAAGCUGGAAGGCUGUAAGCAAGGUGAAGUCAUUAGGAUUCCUUCUGCAACAGAUAUCAAUUGGCCUAUUGUUUUAAAUGUGCAGUUCAGUGGGAAAUCUCUAUCCACAAGUAUGGCUAAUUCAGAGGUUCCCAUUACAAAGACUGGAAUGUAUAACUUGUUUUUCAUAUCAUGUGAUCCAAAACUCAAGGGACUAGUAAUGAAUGGAAAGACGUUGUGGAAGAACCCUGAUGGCUAUUUACCUGGUAGGAUAGCCCCAUUAAUGAAGUUUUACGUGUAUAUGUCACUUGCAUAUGUAUUGCUUUGCGUGACAUGGUUUUUCCAGUACAUGAGGUUUUGGAAGGAUAUAUUGCAACUUCAGCACUGCAUUACGGUUGUUAUUGCUCUUGGAUUGUUUGAGAUGAUUCUUUGGUAUUUCGAGUUUGAAAAUUUUAACCGCACGGGAACAAGGCCAGUUGGAAUCACAACUUGGGUUGUGACAGUUGGAGCUGUAAGGAGAACAGUUUCACGUCUUCUUAUACUCUCUGUUUCAAUGGGUUAUGGUGUUGUGCGGCCUACUCUUGGUGGUCUUACCUCAAAGGUUCUUCUUCUUGGCAUAACUUAUUUUGUGGCAACUGAGUUGCUGGAUAUUACCGAGUAUGUGGGGACCAUCAAUGAUGUAUCAGGAAGAGCAAGGCUCUUCUUAGUCCUUCCUGAUGCAUUCCUGGAUGCAUUUUUGAUAUUGUGGAUUUUCACUUCCCUUUCAAAGACAUUAGAGCAACUACAGGCAAAGAGGAGUUCUGUUAAGCUGGAUACCUACAGGAAGUUCUCAAAUUCUUUAGCAGUUGCAGUGAUUGCUUCAGUUGUUUGGAUAGGAUAUGAGGUCUACUUUAAGGCAACGGAUCCAUUCAAUGAGCGGUGGCAGAGUGCUUGGAUCAUUACUGCUUUUUGGGACAUUCUUGCUUUUGGAUUGCUCUGUGUCAUCUGCUAUCUCUGGGCUCCAUCUCAGAGCUCCCAACGGUAUGCCUACUCAGAUGAAAAGGGAGAAGAGUUUGAUGAUGAAGAAACUCAAUCUCUAACUAGAGGAAAGCCGGAAGGCGAUAUCAGUCUUGCUAAGCAAGAUAAUUUAGAGGAUGAGGAAGAAGAGGACAAGAGGGAAUGAGAACCGAGAAUUCACUCUUAGGUACCCUUUGCUGAUGAGAUUCAUGCAAAAGAGUCAUCGAGCUUAGCCAAAAAUUGUUGAAGUGAAGAGGCCAUGUAAUCGUUCACUACGUCAAUUUUGGUUUAUUGUAUAUGUGAAUAAGGGCUGCAGUGAGCUCUUAUUGACAAAGGUUAAUGAAAUCUUGUGAAGAAGAGUGUUAAAAUCUUGGACAUUGAUGAUUUGAGUGAGGUGUAGGCCGAUGUAUAUGAUUGUGAUGUUAGCCAGUUAUUCUUUUUUUCCCUCCAUUCGGAAGGACAGUAGAAAAUCAUUGUUAAAAGGUUGA